CCUUCAAUCGCCAUUGAUUGGCCUCUCCUUAGCUCACAAGUCUCCGACAGAGAGAGCUAACGUGAGCGAGCGAUUCACCAAAUCAAGACGACUCCGUUUUUCAAUUCGAUUCUUCCCAGAAUUUUUCAAACGGACAACUCAUGUAUGAGCAUCAGUGUCUCUUUCUUAUUUAUGUCUCUGCGUAUACCCAGUUGGUGCCUUUGAAAGAUUCACUCCAACUUUGAACGCUUCAACUUCAUUUGCCCCCGCCCUCUCUCUCUUUCUCUUCCAGAGUCCGUAAAAAUCCUCUCUUUGUUGCUAGAUCUUCGCCGCCUCUCCACUCUACCAUCUUUUUUACUCUUUCUUUUCAUCUGGGUAUUUUAUUUUAUUUUUUUGGUGGGGUUUUGCUUGAUAAUCUCUUCUCUACAGUCUCGUCAAUAUCAUCUCUGACCAGAUUCCAAGUUAUAUGUGUAAUUUCGUAGAUUGAACUUCUCUUUCUUCUUGGGUUUCAGGAAGGUUUUGGCUCCGAUCGGUUCGAUUAUCUGUUGGGCAUUGUGUGUGGCAUUGUUCAGUUGUCUUUUAGUUUAGAUUUCCUAUGCUGAAUUGAGGAAAUUAGUGAUUAUGAUCAUGUGACUGGGAUCAUUUUCUGUGAUCGGUUUCUGAUGUUCGAUGUCAAUGGCCUCGAUCAGGAGAACUUUGCCUCCUUAUAAUGUUAGCAAUUACCAAAAUAGGGACUUGUUAGGAUCAUCACCAAAUCAAAGGCCUUUCUAUGUUUUUGGCAAAGCAUCAUCUGCUUCGCUGGGUUUCGCUGCAUCGGGAAUUAGGAUCCACGGAAUGUUCGCUGCCAUUUUCCCUGGAAAGUACCUGAGAAAGUCUCCGCCAUUGUGGAGAUCAUUUUAUAGGUUUUUGUUGUUUUUCACACUAGGAUUUUUACUGGGUUUGACCCCUUAUGGGCGUGUGAACGACUUGCGAGCCCAUCAUUCAUUGGAGGUUAAGUCGCCUCCGAUCAAUGUCCAGUUGGAUGGUGACGUGGAUCAGUCGAUUGAGCGUCAGGAUUUCAUCGUUAGAGCUGUUAACUUGAGGGUAGAAGAAAAGGUUGAGUUGAAUUUGGAAGAGGGUUCGAGUUUGGUGCCUAAAAAGCAGCUGAUUGUGAUUACACCGACGUAUAACAGGGCCUUGCAGGCCUACUUUUUGAAUAGGCUUGGUCAGGUAUUAAGGCUCGUGCAACCUCCAUUGUUGUGGAUUGUGGUGGAGAUGGAUGCAGGUUCAAUGGAGACUGCAGACAUAUUGAGGAAAACUGGGGUCAUGUAUAGGCAUUUGGUGUGUGGUAAGAACGUGACAGAUGUGAAAGACCGGGUUGUGCAUCAGCAGAACAGAGCAUUGGAGCACAUCCAGCACCAUCAACUCGAUGGUAUUGUUUACUUUGCAGAUGACUAUAACAUCUACUCAAUAGAGUUGUUCGAGAACCUGAGACAAAUUAGUCAUUUUGGCACCUGGCCUGUUGCGAUGCUUGCGCAAAGCAGAAACAAAGCAAUAUUGGAAGGUCCCGUUUGCAAUGGAAGUCAAGUAAUUGGUUGGCACACAAACGAACGAAGUAAGAGACUCCAUAGGUUCAAUGUUAAUAAGUCUGGAUUUGCUUUCAACAGUACAAUCUUGUGGGAUCCAAAGAGGUGGCACCGUGCCAUAUCUCAUCCAAUUCGGCUGGUGGACUCUUCAAAGGAAGGUUUCCAGGGCACAAAAUUUAUUGAACAAGUGGUAGAAGACGAAAGUCAAAUGGAAGCAAUUCCUUCCAGCUGCUCGCUAAUAAUGAGCUGGCAUCUCCAUUUGGACGGUCGCGGUCUUUCGUACCCCCGAGGCUGGUUGCUUCAGAAGAAUCUUGACAUUGUUCUCCCCAUAAGAUGAUGAAGUUUGACUGUCGAUACUUUUCACCAGAGAGAUGUAUUGACGGAAACGAACUCGUAGAAGUGGCCUCAGAAAUUCCUUUUUAAGGUCAUACUGGUGAAAAAGAGAGAGACACGAGGACAAAUGUCAUCUCUCAUGUUUGCUUCUGUUGUAUGGACAGGGAUGUGCUGGUGUUGGUGGUGGUCGUACAAGCAGCACCAGGUGGUGAAGCGUCAAUGCCAAUCAAAGGUGCACGACCCACAAGCUUUCUCAGAAUGAAAUUGUGAUUUGAGCUUCAUCCUCCAACACAAGGUUUCCAUUUUCCGUUUACUCUUUCUUUUUCGAAAUCUUAUGCGUUUAAUUGCACCCGUUCAAUGCAAAAGGUACGUGGAGCUGGUUUCCUGUCGAGGUUGGGAUGGUUGCAUGUCAUUCACGUAAUCAAACAUGGGCAAAUGUUCUUCAAGAUUGGAAAUGGCAAGAUUUUCUUUUGCUUUCCGGCGUUUGACGCGCUAUGCAGGUUCGGAAAAAUUACCACACUAAAUGGAGGCACAAUACGUUCAU